AUGCGUAUCUCUAUCAUUGCAAUUGCCUCUCUAUGCGCUUCUGCGGCUGCAUUCCCCGAGUUUAACAAACGGACUGAAACACCCUCCAACACUACUUCCGUUAUGGCAACAUCUGCCACUAUGCCACAUGGUACUGGUCUCGAAACUUCAUCCCCAUCAUCAACUGGUAUCUUCAAUAACGGAACAUCAACUUCGAGCGAGACUUCGUCUGCAACUACAUCCAGCACCCAUAAAACUACCGCAUCACCUAUCUCCUCAACCAGCUCUUCUACUGCCGGUGCCGCCCCAACCGGUAUCUGGGCCAACGAAUACGCCAAGGGAGCCGUCGCUGGUGCAGUUGGAAUCAUGGGUUUGGCUCUAGCGCUCUAA